AUGUCAUUUCCAGAUUGCUCCAACUCAUUUUCUUCAAAAGCGAAAAUUACUCGAGACGGACCUUUCAACUGUGAAAACUCCAUCCUAGACAGUUAUUGGUGCAAGAAUUGCAAUGUUCAGACACAACUGACGAUUACUUUCAAACAACACACCCUAGAAAAACUUAACGAAGCAGACAUUCUUCGAACUUAUCGGUGUAAAAAGUGCAGCUUUGAAACAAAUUUUUCGCUAAAGUGGCUGCACCACACCCACUCGUGUCUCACAAACGUCUACAAAUGUCACCACUGUGACUUCAGUACGAAAUACAGAUGGUACUUGAAACAACACAUAAUCAACAAGCACUUGUCCGACGAUGAAAUAAAGUGGCACUUUUGCCCCAAGUGUCCCUACAAAAGUAAAGAAAAGCAAAAUGUGCGACAACACACGAUAGCGCGCCAUUUAAACAAAGACGACAUUAAAUGGUUCGAAUGCCCCCAGUGCUCCCUCAAGACCAAAAAAAAAUCCAACUUGCAACGUCACAUCAAUCUGUACCAUUUAGGCGACCAGAAUAUUAAAUGGUACGAAUGUAAAAUGUGCCCGUAUAAAAGCAAGUACCACAGUCAUUUAAAAACCCACACCCGAGUGCGUCAUUUGGACACCUUCAAAUGGUACAAGUGUGACAAGUGCCCAUUUAAAACCAAACACAACGCAUCGCUAACCCAACACAAAGUGCUUCAUUUGGAGGGUGAAGACCUCAAGUGGUACGAAUGUGAACAGUGCACUUUUAAAACCAAACACAACUCGUCGUUAAAACUACACAUAAACGCGCGACAUUUAGACGACCACGAUACCAAAUGGUACGAAUGCUCUGAGUGUCCAUACACAACUAAACGUCCCACGUGUUUGCGGACCCAUCGGGGCACCCAUCACUUUAAAGAACAAGUGGUUUGGUUUAAGUGUGAAAAGUGUCCGUAUAGAGCCAAGUACAACUAUAUUUUGAAGAAACACGAAAAUGUGCACCAUUUGGGUGAACAAGAGAUCGAGUGGUUUAAGUGUGAAAAGUGUCCGUAUAGAACUAAGCACAAACACCAUUUGAAUGGUCACACGAUUACGCAGCAUUUGGAUGAAAGGGACGUUAAAUGGUACGAAUGCGAAGAGUGUCCCUAUAGGGGUAAAAAUAAAUCGUAUUUGAAGAGUCACGUGAAGUACCAACAUACCCAUGGAGAUAUUAAAUGGUACGAAUGCGACAAGUGUCGUUUCAAGACCAAAUUUAAAUCGAGUUUGAAGUCUCACAUGAAUUCGCACCACAAUAAAUAA